GGUGUAUGGCGUAGCGGGCAGACAUCGGAUUGGGCGGCCGUAGUGGUUCAUGGAUCCCCGGAGACCCCUGGAAUUUAAGCACUGGCUGGCAGUCAAGGAGCUGAGGAAGAGGAGCUCUCAUCUGAAUUGUGGAGAGGCGAGAGGUAAGCAGGCCGCAUCCCACCUACCUACCAAGGUACGUACCUGGCCUACCUAGGUACCUACCUAGGCAAGUAGGUAGGUAGGCGUAAAAAGGGAGUGUAAUUGCAUCGACUGGCAGUGGUCACGUGCUGCCAGCUCCACCCAAUUUUUGGACACAUCGACAAUUUGGCGUUUUUGAAGCCAGAUCGCAGCCGACCCUCUUUUUUUCGCUGUGUACUGGUCCCCUCAGCCUCUCAGGUCAGUUUCCUCCAAACGCUGGAAGCUGUCCUUUUGCCCUUUGGCCUCCUUCUCCCCUUAAUAACCUAAACCUUCCUCUCUCUCCAUCUCCCCCCAUCACCAACCAUCACCUCCGCCCCCCUCGCCACAACCCGGAGCCAUUGUCGCUCUCUACUACCUCUCUCUUCUUCUCUCUCCCCCCUUCAUCUGGAUGAAUUGAACCCUUUUGUUUGUUGUUUUCUUCCAGUGUAACAGCCCAUCAUGAGUUCCCUCCGGUUUCUCGAUCUGGUCAAGCCGUUCGUGCCGUUCCUCCCCGAGGUUCAGCAGCCGGAGACCAAGAUCCCCUUCAACCAGAAGCUGAUGUGGACGGCCCUGACCCUCCUCAUCUUCCUGGUCAUGAGCCAGAUGCCCCUCUACGGCAUCGUCUCGUCCGACAACUCGGAUCCCCUAUACUGGCUGCGUAUGGUCAUGGCGAGUAACCGCGGAACCCUGAUGGAGCUGGGUAUCACUCCCAUCAUCUCCUCGGGCAUGGUUUUCCAGCUCCUUGCCGGCACCCACAUGAUCGACGUCAACCUUGAUCUCAAGAGCGACCGCGAGCUGUACCAGACCGCCCAGAAGCUCUUUGCCUUCAUUCUUUCGGCCGGUACCGCCACCGUCUACGUCUUCACCGGCCUCUACGGCCGACCCUCGGACCUCGGCGCCGGCAUCGUUUUCCUGCUCGUCCUCCAGCUCUUCGUCGCCGGCAUGAUCGUCAUUCUCCUCGACGAGCUCCUGCAGAAGGGUUACGGCCUGGGCUCGGGUAUAUCCCUGUUCAUCGCCACCAACAUCUGCGAGUCCAUCAUGUGGAAGGCCUUCUCCCCGACCACCAUCAACACUGGUCGUGGCCCCGAGUUCGAGGGUGCCGUCAUCGCCCUCUUCCACCUGCUCCUCACCUGGCCCAACAAGCAGCGCGCUCUCCAGGAGGCCUUCUACCGCCAGAACCUCCCCAACAUCAUGAACCUCCUGGCCACCAUUCUCGUCUUCGCCGCCGUCAUCUACCUCCAGGGCUUCCGCGUCGAGAUCCCCGUCAAGUCUUCCCGCCAGCGUGGUGCUCGUGGCUCCUACCCCGUCCGCCUCUUCUACACCUCCAACAUGCCCAUCAUGCUGCAGUCCGCCCUUUCCUCCAACGUCUUCCUCAUCAGCCAGAUGCUGUACUCCCGCUUCUCCGACAACCUCCUCGUCCGUCUUUUCGGCGUCUGGGAGGCCAAGGACGGCUCCGCUCAGCUCUCGGCCAUCUCCGGCCUGGCCUACUACAUGUCUCCUCCCUUGAACUUCAAGGACGCCCUGCUCGACCCUAUCCACACUGCUGUUUACAUCGUCUACAUGCUGGGCGCCUGCGCCAUCUUCUCCAAGACUUGGAUUGAGGUUUCCGGCUCCAGCCCCCGCGAUGUUGCCAAGCAGCUCAAGGACCAGGGUCUUGUCAUGGCCGGUCAUCGCGACCAGAGCAUGUACAAGGAGCUCAAGCGCAUCAUCCCCACCGCCGCUGCCUUUGGCGGUGCCUGCAUCGGUGCCCUCUCCGUCGCCAGCGACCUUAUGGGCGCCCUCGGCUCCGGCACUGGUACCCUUUUGGCUGUCACCAUCAUCUACGGCUACUUCGAGAUUGCUGCCAAGGAGGGUGAUCUGGCCGGUAUGAAGGGCAUGAUUAUGGGUUAAAUGUUACAAGUCAACGAGAACGACAUACCCUUUUCAGAAUUAUCUAAGCUUCUUCAUUUGUCCAAGCGAGGCUUCCAGCGGUCAUCAUUACCAAUGAUGGCUCUCUGUGUAAUAUCACGGCAUACAUUUAUUGAAAAAAGUCUCAAAGAGACCUUGUUUCUUGGUCAGAAAACAAAAGCAAGGGGGGGCUGCAUGGUGACGGGCCAAGGUAGCAUUUGGGACGACGGGGCGAGUAUGCUCCAGACAGCCUCGGCAUGGCAAGGCGGGCUAGACAGGAUGCCACGGGUUCUGACAGGAUACGUCAUGAGCCAGUGACCUUGGCCUGCUUGUCGUGGAGAGCUGCUCCUGGAGUAUUGUAUCUAACACCAUGAAAUGCAAACAAAUCCUUUUCACGCAA